AUAAAAUUAUAAUCUUUUGUUUUCCACGAUGUGUAAAAUUAAUGAAAUUGAUUGUUCUAUUUACUUUUGUAAAUUUUGAUGUAUUAUAGAUAUUUUAGUUCUACGAUAAAAAUUCAUUAAAUAUUCCGAUGUUAAAAUACUGCUUUAGAGUAUUUCAAUGAAGAUGGCGUCAUAUUAUGAUGCAUUUUUACGUAGAAAAUUUUCCGAUUCUACUAGUUCUGGUGAAAAUAAUCGAUCAACUGAUGUAAAAAGAGGUCGAUGGGAUAAACCUGUAGAACUUGGAAGUUCAAAUGAACGUUGGGAACGCAUUGUUGAACAAGUUAAUCGAACUCAAAGAGGAGAAAUACCAUUUGGAGAUUUACAAGGAGAUAAAUCAUCAAUUAUAGAAAUGUCUACUGAUCCAAGUUUACCUUCUAAUAAGCCUCCAGUAACAGUUAGAGCAUCACCUUUAUGGAAUGAAAUAAUGCCUCAAUUCAAUCCUUUCAACAUAAUGAAUCCAAUUAAUGUUGUAGAUUCUUCUAUGUUUAUGGGACAGUAUGGUGUUAUGAGUAAUAUAAUGGCAACGCCAUCUUCAAUGAUUGUAAAUCAUACAACUCAAAGGCCUCCAGAUUCUAAUGUUAUUCAGCAUGAUAAACGUGUUAUCCAACUUGAAAAUUGUACUUUGUAUCCACCACCUCUUAAUGCACCACCACCAACUUCAAGAGAAAGACCUCCUGGUUGCCGUACAAUUUUUGUAGGUGGUUUACCAGAAAGUAUUACUGAAGAUGUAAUGAAAUCAAUUUUCGCUAAUUAUGGUGAAAUAUUAACAAUUCGUUUAAGUAACAGAAAGUUUUGUCACAUACGUUUUGAAAAUGAGUGUUCAGUAGAUUUAGCAUUAGAAUUAUCAGGGUAUCGCCUAGUCAUGAAAGGCCAAGAGCUUGUAUCUGCAUCAAGAUUACAUGUAGAUUAUGCUCAGGCUCGGGAUGAUCAAUAUGAAUGGGAAAUGAAAAGAAGACAUUUAAUGCGUGAAGAAAGACGCCAACAACAAACACGGUCAAAUCCUCCACCAUCACCUCCAUUAAUACCACAUUUUACUGAAGCUAAGGCUCUAAGCAUAAGUGAAGAGAUUAAAACCGAUGUGUCAUUUUUAAAUGCUGUUCAAGUAGUUAUCACUUGGUUAGAGAGAGGUGACUGUAACAAACGGAAUGUCAAUAUUUUUUACUCAAUUAUUCAGUCAACUAAUUCUCAUGUUCGCCGUCUAUUAUCUGAAAAAAAUCAAUUUGAAGAAGAACUUCAAAACUUGAAAGAUCUCACUAAACGUCGAAUGCAAACUAUUUUAUUACAAUUCACCCAGAUCGAGAAAGUGUUUACUUCUGCAUCACACAAGAAAGUUUGGGAUCAUUUCACAAAGGCGCAGAGAAAGAACAUUGAAACCUGGAAGAAACAGGCAAUGGCACUAUCUAAAUUGGGUAUUGACGAUGAAGAUGAAAUGAUUGGGGGAGAUGAGAUGGAUCUUUCAGAUGAUGAAAGUAAUACUAAGAAGUCAAAAAGUAAAUCUGAUCCCAUUCAAUUGCAGGAUGAAAAUGAUCAUUUAAAAUGUGAGCUGGAAGCUUACAAAAAUGAAAUUAGCAUGAUGAAAUCUAGUCUACAGACUUCUGAUCAAAAAGAUGUACAAAUCAAUUAUCUUCAACAACAAUUAUUAUCAACUAGACAAGAACUAAAUAUUCUAAAUGAAAAAUUAAGUAAUACCCAAAAAUUCAAUUAUGAAAAAACUAAUGAAAAUUCUGUGGCUUCAACAAAAUAUAGUGUGACUGAAAUCAGUGAUAUACAAAAGAAAAAUAUCACUUUAAAUUAUUCUGAACAACAAAUAAGACUUUUAGCUCUCAGUUCCAUCUAUUUAAAUAUCCAUCCACUUGGAGCUAGUAUUGAAAACAUUUUCAUUUACAUUAAAGAUAUUAAUAAUGAAAUAACAAUAGAGGAGUUAGAAAAAUUACUUAAAGAUAGUGACCAUUUGUUUGAAAAAUUUCAACUUGACAAUAAACAAUAUCGGUGGAAAUUGAGCAGUUUUCUUAAAAAUUAGAUAAUAACGUUUGUAUUUCAAAAAAAAUUGUAAAGCAUUAUAUAUAAAAUUUUAUUUGAAAUACUAUUAAUUUUAAAUAAUUAUGGUUCUAUGAAAUCAAUUUAAAGAACUUAUAAUUAUAGUAUAACAUGUUUUUUUGUAUUGCCCAUAUUUAUAUUGGGAUCUUGACCCCUAGUAAUAAAUUUUAUGAGUUAUAUAAAUUUAUUGUUCAG